UUGGUGAUUGUUAUUGUCAAGAUGUCACUGUGACAGUUAUUUGGCCAUUCAUUUUCCGCAUGUGUAGAAAAACAUAAAAUGUGGUGAACACGUAAAAUUAUAAUUUAGGUUAUUAUUAGCUGAUAUUUCGGUCUUUUGUUAUAAUUUUUGCAUUAAUCGUGUUAGGUUCGUUGUUGUGUUUCAUCAUGGAUUUAGAAGAUCGGGAACUGGCAGUGCUAGAGGAACGCUUAUACUCUUCGAUCCAUCAUUCGUACGAAGAUGCGCCAAAGAUUCCAGAUGUAGCACCAGUACCCUCACCGGCGUUGCGCAUUGUUUCACGCACGUCGGUUAUCAACAAUGGCCAGGGGACACUACCAGCUAACAUGAAACGGUAUUGGGUUGAUUCUUCGUUUUCCAGCGCUGGAGAACGCGCACCGUACCCUAAAACUACACCAGCCGGUACAGAUCCGAAACUUACCGUACCCGAGACUAAUAGUUCGGAAAGCAGUAAAAAUGGAGGAAGCAACGAGCCAAAAAGAAUGUUUUUGGCACCGUAUCAAUCAUUGCUUGGAAAUAUGGACAGAAAUGUUAGUGAAAACGAACCGUCGAUGCUAGAGGUGACCAGCGAAAGAAGCACUGUACCAGACCGCGCAUCGGUGCCAAAGGACACUCCGAAUGUACCAACAUUGCAGCUGAAAAAGAAGAAGCAAACCAAACAGAAUGCGCAUUAUGUAGAAAAAAAAUUGGAAAGCUUAUUGAAGCUAAUUCACAGGGAUAGGAAGCAAAAUGCCAAGCAAACGAUCGAUUCGAAGAAAGCAAAAGCAAGCAAAGUGCGGCAACGCAAACAGUCUCAAGUCGUAGUGGCUGAAAUAAUCCUCAAUUCAUCGGACGAAGAUUCACAGCCGGCAAAAAAAUAUGAAUCCACCGCCGUUUCGUUAUCAGAUGGAGAAGGAGAUGAAGUAAUUAUCGUACCAACGCCACCGCCGCCAAAAAUUUGUAUUGACUGCAGUGACGAAGAGGACACCCAAAGCACACAAUUCGCGUUACCGAAAUCGAAAUCGAAAAGCAAGACAAAGGGGAGGCUUGCUAUCGUCAACUCCUCGCGCGGCGGCAGUCCAUCGAACAGUUCGAUUAUGUCAGAUGAUUUUAUCGGUCAGCACGAUCGGUUGCGUUUGAAUGAUAGCUUUACCGAAAGCAUACCGAGCGACGAUGAGCUGGAACGUGCGAUAGAAGGAUUGUCCGGUAAAACGUUGAAGGAUGCAACUGAUAGGGUUCCCUCUGUCUCAUCGGAAGAUACGGUAUGUACCAGUGGCGAUACUACCGAUCAGGAAAAACAAUCCGAAAAGACUGGGAAAGCAAUCAACAAAUCCAAAUCACAUCUACAGGUGAAUAGUUCCGGUAGUACGCCGGGUGCAAAAAGUAAAAAGGAGAAUGCUGCCACUAAAAAGACUCCUUCGAAGCAGAAGCUAUCGAAAAUGGCUACAUUCUCUCCCAAUGUCAAAGUAAUGUCUCCAAGCAAUUCGAAGCGCAGUACAGGCAACAAAACUAGUACGGGAACGAUGUCGAACGACACUUCGAACAUAUCCAAGACACCGGGUAUAUCGAAAGCUAGAUCGAAGUCUCCUGAAACCCUAGCGAUGGAAAUAGUUCGCAAGCAGUUCGAAACACAACAGUCUCGUGAGGUUUCUGGUAAAAAAGCGAAAGCUAAAAAGGAUGCAGAUUCUUCAAAAGAAACCAGAUCUAUACAGAAAUCAAUCACGCAAGCGACCGUUGCCCCUGGUACUACAUCAGAUAAAUCAACCGAACGCAUUAAAAAUGGCACUGCUGCAACAAAACCCAAGACAAAGAAGAUCCCAGUCAUCGAUGACAAUGUAUCCUCGGAAAGCGAUAUCGAUAUUUUCCCCGCGAUCAACAACAGCAGUUCACCUCAGGGGUUGGAAAAAUCAUCGAGACGAUCGGCGGCCUCUUUCUUCGACCAGAUAGGUGACGUAUCGUCCGAAAGUGAUUACGAUGAAAGCUUUUUGCAGCCGAAAAAAACAACAGAAAAGCCAACGGUAGAGAAGGAACGGAAAAAACGGAUCGGUCGCAAACGGAAGCAAUACAAUUCGGAAACCUACUCCGAUGAAGACUUUGCCUGUCUGCUGACGGAUAUUAUACGGGCGAUAUCAGACACAGAGGAAGAGGACGACGAUCUUGCUGAUAAUGUAAAUAAGGAAUCUAAUGCGCGAGCAGCUUCAACUGCAAACCCGGUGAACAUUGAAAAUGGCGUCAAUGAACCGUCAACACCAUCCUCUAAGCAGGAUCGUAAUCCGAAGAAAAAAAGAAAAGUUAAGGAUGCAUUUCCGCCUGCUGACAGUACAGUUGAUCCAAUGGAACAGCAAUCAGUCAACGACAACAGAGACUCGCAGCAGCAGCAGCAACAACAACAACCCGAACAUGUUGUGAAGAAGAAGAAAAAAUUGAAAGAUCCUAAACCAAGCGUAAGGCCACUUGUGGGUACUAGUGGUAGCACCCCAGAAAUUCUAACAGAUCCGUCAGAGAAAGCGCACUCUCCUAUUGAUACCGUUGAACAAACUCAGGUUAUAAAGAGUGCAGAAAUUUCAACUACUGAAGCAACUGUACCACCACAGCCACUUCCGCAAAUCAUCUCGGAUUCUACCGACGAGGACGUAGAAAUAGUUGAAAACAUUCAAUUACAUGUUGUCACAGGUACAACCGGUGAGAGCGCUCAAAAAACUCAACCGAUUGGCCCUGACUGUGCGUGGAACGAGGAAAUGAAACAGUUCUACAACAAUUCGUGGGCAGACGAAGACUUUAAUAUGGAUUUGGUUUUGAGAAGAAUGCCGUACGAUAGCAGACAUUGGCCCAUCGUACACAAAGAUCGUUUUCCUGAUCCACCCAGGAAGGAGCUCAUUUGUUGCAACUGCGGUGAUCGCGGUCAUAUGAAAUUCAAGUGCCGCAACACACCGAAAGAACCGGUUUGCUUUAUGUGUGGUGGAAAGGGACACAAGGAACCACGCUGUCCAAAAACCAUCUGCUUAAACUGUGGUGCCAAAACGCGUAGUUUUGUGCGUGGAUGUAAAUCGUGUGCACGCGAUGCUGACAUCACAUGUUUCUCCUGCGGGUUACGUGGCCAUACUCAGCGCAGCUGUCCAGAUCUGUGGCGCCGAUAUCACAGUACGAUUGAGGAUAAUGUACCAUUGCGGACGGAAUGCGAGAUAAAUCCAAACGCCCGGUGGUGCUCCAUCUGUAGCAAACCCGGCCACCAGGCAUACAUGUGCAACGAUGCUCGACGAAUCUUUGGCCACGCAAUACCAAACAUGCGCGUGAGCUCGUACAUGCCAGCCUAUCGGAGGGAAUACAAUCGAUGCAGUAAGCAUCGUAAUGACGAGCAAGAGAAACGGCUUGCGACGGAUCCGUCGGCGCGGUACAAUUUAUUCAGCACCGAUGCCAAUGAUUGUGAGUUCAACUUGCACGAGCUGGCCAGCAACGAGAAUGGGUUCUAUUUCAAUUUUCUCAAAGCAUCUGGCUUGUGGGAAAAGUAUGAGCGGCAGUCUAGCAACGAUGUAGAGGAAAAUGUAGUGGAACAGCCAGAAGUGCUCGUGCAACCGUUGGUCGCGGAAGCACCGGCAAUAGAAUCUACACCUUCGGAACGUCCACCUUCUGUUUCGCAAGCAGAAGAAAUCAUACAGCCAGAACCGGAAAUAGCGGAAGAAAUGAUUUGUGCCACCGAACCGUGCAAGGAAGUACCCAUAAGUAUGAAUGCACCAAGUGAAGUACCUGUGGUAGAGGAAAACUCUAACUAUAGUUUUUCCGAAUUUCAUACCGAGGAAAUGCAGCUGGACGAUGUAAUGGUGAACAUGGACCCACCAUCAACAUCGGACAGCUUUGUUCCGACAGAAAACAAUAGUGAACAAGUGACGCUCUCUGAUUUUAUUCCUUUCACUAAUGAUACGGUAAAGACCCCGCUAACGCUACCAUUGCCAGAGCCACAAAUACCACCGGCACUAUCUGCCCCAGUAGCACCUUCCCCAGAAGCACCAAUGACGGUCCCCGCCAUAAGUAGCGCUGCUGAUUCUGUAGUGAAACCCCAAAGUGAAGGCCAAUUGAGUGACAUUGCGAAAGUGUUGCUCACCAAGGAACGUGCCACGAUGUUGUUGUCUGCGAAAGGUACUGAAUUUCUUCAGGAGUCCGGCAAGAAGUACAACCUACAUCUAAGCAUUACGUUCGAAGCGGUCGGUAAUGUGCUGCUUAUUACCGGCACGCCGGAAGCGCAGGAACAAUUUCACGAAGAGUUGGUACGCUACCUAACAGAAUCGGAGGACCACGCUAGGAACGCGAAAUACUUCCUGGCGUGUGGACCCAAGCUCUCGAACAAAAUGACGCGUUACAUUGCAAUGUUUCUGCAAGGGCUGGCAAGUGAGGCAGAUAGUGUGGAAGAGCUGUUGAAGAAGUUUAGAAAUGCAAAAAGCGAUGAAGCAAAGGAAAGACAUCGUCGCAAGCUAAACGUACAGCUGUUUGGUGUGUAUGGAUUGCGCGAUGGCCGAAAGCAUCUGAACGUGCUGCGCAACCAGCUAGAACUGUGCAUGAAAGCGAAUCCAUGGAAGAGUGAACUAUCGCAGCAUCGGCGAACCAUUAUAGAUCAUGCCAUUCGGUACAUCUUCUCCGCAUACGAUCAUAAGCAUUAUGGUCAGUUUGUGAAAGAGUACGAUGAACUGAAACAGGCUAACAAGCUGAAGAAGCUCACAUUCGACGAUUUAGGAAUACCCACGAUAAUAAAGAGACCGAAAACACUGCAAGAUGAACUGCACAAACAGCUAGCUAAGGAAAAACGGAAAGCUAAAGUGAAGGAGAAGGCAGCUAAACAGGUGCCGGAGAAGCCCUCACCCGAAGAAAAAGCAUAUGCUAAUUUCUUAAGAAGAGCCACAAACCAUCGGUCGAUUGAUACGAACCGUCCCAAUCAAGUCGACAACUCGACGCGCCACAUUCAACAAACUCAGGGUACGGAAAAUAUGGCCAACUCGCAAUGGACCCAUCGCGAAUGGAAUCGUGACGAGUCUCCAUCGAGCAGGGAACGUUAUCACUGGUACAGAAAGACGGAAGCACUGGACCAUGGGCAACCAAGCACGUCCAACGUGUCGCGGCUGGCCGAUAGAGCUAAUGCAUUGCGCAACCAGGAGUUGAAUCAGCUGCAAAGACUGCAGGACAUGUUGCGGUGAGAAGUGGUGUACAGCUUUCGUGGAUUGGCUAGUUUCGCGAAGCUAAAGUGCAUCCGUUCCGUGGGCAGUGUUCAAAAUACAACCACUCAUGGAAAUUUACAUUAAGCGUA